AUGGUCACCCAUCUUCAUGAAAAAUUUUAUCAAUCCAAUGCCACCCCAUUAUCAGAAGCUGACAUCAAGGAAAUUAGAGAAUCCAGAGGCAGGAUACCUAAUGCAUCAAAAAUAAUGGCUGAAAAAUUCCAUGUUGGUGCUCAGUGUAUUUAUGAAAUAUGGAACAAUAAGAUUCCAAAAAAGAAUGGUCGAAAAAAGAAGGUUAAAAUAGAUGAGAAGCCGGUUAUUGAGGCAACUAGUAUGAUGGAAAAAAAUAACAAAAAUGGCAUGGUCUCUUCCUCUGAUAAUUUGUCUGAUACACCCCGAGAAGACAGGGCAGAAUCUCUUCUUAAAAAUCUAAUUAAUCGUGGUGAAAAGCUUAAGGGUUUAACAGCUAAUAUCCCGUUUGCGUAA